AUGUCUGAUACACUUCUCGGCUUAUCUUAUUCCAUUUUAACUUGCAUUUUCUUUGGUUCUGUAUUUGUUCCCGUCAAGAAUGCUCCAGCUGGUGAUGGUUUUAUUGCUCAGGUUUUCAUCUGUCUUGGAGGAUUUUUAGUUAGUCUAGUGUAUCACGUUCUCUGUGGCAUACCUUCGUUCUAUCCACAACCUCUACUUGGCGGGGCGUUAUGGUGUAUAGGUAAUGCAUGUGCUAUUCCAUUAAUGAACAAACUUGGUAUGGGCUUAGCCAUAUUGAUAUGGAGUACAUUCAGUUGUUUAUGGGGAUGGGCAACACAAAGAUUCGGUCUUUUUGGUUUAGAAGCCGUUGCACCAAAAAGUGUUACAAUGAAUUAUAUAGGAAUAAUAUGUUUAAUCAUUGGAGGAUUGAGCUUUUCCUUCAUCAAGCCUGUCACUACACGCAAAGAGAAUAAAGAAACGGAAUUAGAAAAAGAAGCUUAUUAUCCUCAAAAGGAAGAAGAAGUAUCCGACCAAGCAUUACGCAAUAAUAAAGAAAUCGAUGAAGCUCAUCAUCUUCCGAUAGUUACAAAGCUAUUAUUAUGCUCAUCAGCAGCUAUAGUUGGAUGCUUCUAUGGUAAUCUUGUCACACCUAUUACUUAUAUGCUUUCUCAUCCAGAGGUCUAUCCCGAUAUUCCAAGAAGCUAUACAGCUUAUCUACUUCCAAUAUGGUCAGGAAUUUUGGCAACAUCACUAACUAUAUGUAUAGCUUACUCGAUCAUCAAAUAUAAAACUUCCGUGUUCAAUACAAAAUGUAUUCUUCCAUGUUUUGCGUCAGGAAUCAUCAUGGGCUUAGGAUUUGUAUUUUUCAUGUUAUGCAAUGAACUAUUGAGUCAGUCAAUAGCUUCACCCGUAUGUGUAAUGGCUCCUGGAUUUGUGAUUGCUCUGUGGAGCACAUUAUAUUUCAAAGAAAUCAAGGGACGGACUAACUUAAUAAUUCUUGGCUCUGCUUACGUCUUUACUCUCCUGGGAGUUAUACUUGUUUCUGUCUCCAAGGACGUGGACUUUUUCUGA